AUGGCGCCCGCCUCACCUGUGCUUCACUCGACUGACCAAGAAAAUACCUCCAUCAUCUAUGCCGUGCUACCACCGCUGAUCAAGAAGUCGAUGCCCAGAGUGCCAUCUUUGCGCCGUUCGCUGUCGGGCUAUAACCGUGCAGCUGCAUUAGUCGGUCACGUUCGAGCCUUGAGCACAGAGACCCCAAGACCUGGCUCAGCAACUCCUCCUCCACCCUACCAAGAACCUAUCGCUUCUCUGACCUCUGUUCUGUCUGAUGUUGACUUCCAAGAAACUCCGCCGACGUCACCCACAUCUCUACCUGCCGAUACUGCCAUUUUCGUCAGCGACGAACGAGCAGGUAUACGAUGGGAGUUUGCACGUCAAGGCCAAAGUCUUCUUCAAGGCUCGUCAUGUCUUUCUUCAAAUUCCGACUUCAGUCGCCAAUUGUACAUUGACGGCGUCAGUUACCUUCUCCGAGGUCUGCCACAGAACCUCUCGUCUGAAGAGACAAUACGCCUUCAAGCUGCCAUGCCGUCUGAGAUGAUGCUACCGCAGCAGCCUGUGGACAGAGUCAUAGUACGGGAUCAGGCCAAUGACAACCAGGUCACGCAACAAGAAGAGGACCCAACGCUACUCCAUCGUGUAGUGGCAAUGAUAGUGCUUCAAGUCUUCCUUCUCUUGUCGUUUCUCUGGCCUUACGUCCAGACGACGUGCCGAGGUGUAUACCAGUAUGAACGAGAACACCAUAUCUCGGAAAAACUACUGAACCAAUCCUGGACGACUGCAAACGUAUUGAGCAAGAACACCAUGGCCAUCGCCAAAACUGUGUGUAGCUGGAACGACGGCCAGGUCGGUAUCGCAUUAGAAGACAUGGUAUUUUGGUGGAUUCAUGGUGUUACUGGCGGUUUGCGAGACGGGGUCAGGGAUGGGAUGGAAGUGUUUGGCGUCAAGGGCAUAGACCGCCGCCAAAGGAGACACUCUAGAGCUUGA